AUGGCAAGUGACGGAUUUGGCAUUGGAUAUUAUACCGAUCCUAAACUUGGACCUGAGCCUUGCAUCUUUACGUCUACUACACCCGCGUGGAAUUGUAUCAACCUUCAACGAAUUGCCUCCAAGACAGCUUCACCGUUGAUAUUUGCCCACGUCAGAGCUACUACCGAAGGCUCGCUGAGCGACGAUAACUGUCACCCAUUCAAUCAUGGAAGCUUAAUGUGGAUGCACAAUGGAGGAUUAGGUGGUUGGAAAUAUAUCAAACGACGUCUCGGGGAGAGACUGGCAGAUAAAUGGUACCUGGGUGUCCAUGGUGGUACUGACAGCGAAUGGGCGUUUGCACUGUACCUUGAUACUCUGGAGAGAAUGGGCCAGAAUCCCAGUGCUCCUCCACCAGCUGGAUUCGGGCCAACAAUUCUACGAAAAGCAAUGUUGGAAACAAUCAAACAGAUCAACGACUUUAUUGCGGAUAUACCAGAGGAUAUUGUGGAGAGCGAGAAUGUCGACACCCGAAGUCUGCUUAAUUUUGCUAUUAGUGAUGGGCAUAGCGUGGUGUGUACCCGAUACGUCAGUAGCAGAACAGAUGAAGCAGCAAGUCUGUACUACUCAUCGGGUACGACUUGGGAAGACAAGAGUAGCAAAGGAGAAUACCAAAUGGAUCGUCGAGACAAGGGAGCAGAUAUCGUACUGGUAGCUAGCGAACCCCUGACCUUCGAGCGAGAAUCCUGGGUAACAGUCCCCACAAACUCCACCCUAACAAUCCACAAACAAACCGUCAUGGUCCACCCCAUCAUCGACGAAUACUACAACCACAACCCCUACCACCGCCGCUCCUCCAAAUUCGUCCACGACAAAGGCCUCAUCACAAACGAAAAGGGAAAUCCAAAUAACCCCGUCUCCCCCUCCGGUAACCCCGCCCCUCUCACCCUAUCCCUCAACAAAUCCACCAUCAUCCCCGCAUCCAAGUCAAAUCCGCAUAACAGCGCGGCAUCCACGCUCUUGGAUCCAAUCUCCCCGGCUUUGACGCCGGCGAGAGAAAUCUCGCCGCUGAGACAUGAGAGUGAUAUUAGACAGAUUACGGCAUUGCAGGCGCUAAGAUCGCAGGAGCGCUUCGCGCCGAGUAAUGUUGGUAGGAAGAGGGUUACGGAGGAGAGAGAGGAGGUGGUGGAGAGGGUGGAGGAGGAGCGGGCGACGGCUUAUGGUGAUCCGUUGAAGAUUGCGCAGUAUUUUCCGGAACUGACGUGA